AUGUGGGAGACUAGUGCUUGUUCAGAAAAGGAAAAACCAGUGCUCAACAUGAAUGUGGAGGACCAAUGCUUCGAGCAUUUCUCAGACCAAGACGAAGACGACGAUUUUACCAUUUCGCAAAUUUCUUCUCUCCGUAGACCACAAUUUCACCCUUCAUUCUCUCCAUCGGUAGAGCAGAGGAAGCUAUUGGAGACCCAGAAAAAGGGGUUCAAGACUCGGACAAGUCCUUUCAGUCCAACCCAUGACACCCAACGAGAAGUUCCUGGUGACCAUCAGAAGCCUCAAGGCUGUAAACGGAAGAGAACCAUGUUCGAGAAUGUUGACAAUCCUGAAGAUUCUUCAGUCAAAAGCCAAGUUGAAGAGAUCAAAGCAAAAAUAGGGGUGGAAUGCCCCAUCUUUGUGAAGGCUAUGCAGCCAUCAAAUGUUGCCAGUGGCUUUUUGUUGGCAUUGCCUAAGCAAUUCUGCCAUUCACAUUUGCCAUCCCAUGAUGCAACAAUAAUUUUACAAGAUGAAAGCGGGGAGAAAUACAGAACAAAGUUUAUUGUGCAAAAGGACAAGAGCAUACUGAGUAGUGGAUGGAGAAGGUUUUGCUUUGCUAACAAGUUAGUUGUUGGUGAUGUUUUAGUAUUCCAUUUGGUCAGGCCUUUAAAGUUCAAGGUGUACAUAAUGGGAACACAUAGUUUAGCUGAAGUGGAAGAGGCUUUCAGCCUCUUGAAGUUCGGUUCCUGCACCAAACAAACAGCUUUUGAGGAAAUACGUCCAAUGCCUCUUCCAAAAGAUGUCUGUCAAGUUCAUAUUGGUGAGAAGACAAGUUUGACAUUAGAUUCUAAUGCUGCACUGAUAGAUGAGGAGUACAAUGAAGAAUUUGGCUUCAACAUUUUAGAAGAUGUUGGACUUUCAAUACCAGCUACUGAUUUUGGUGAUGUUGAAAAUACCAAGGAUUUUACCAUUCUCGUGAAUGGUGUGAGUAUAAAUUCUUGUCUCUCCGAAGAGAUCAGAAAUAGGUAUUAUGAUCUAUGCUGCUCACAAAGGUCAUUUCUGCACAACCAUCUCCUCAAAAGUAUUAAUGGUAAGUUAGCUGCUGAAAUAAUAACCGAAACGAUUAACAUCGCUAAUGCCAUUAGAGCUUGCAGGCUUUCCACCCCCCAUGGUGCUUAUGUAUUGUGGGAGAAGACUUUAGAUGCCUUUGAGAUUUUGGGUAUGAAUGUUGGAUUCUUACAUGCCCGGCUGAAGCAGCUUCUGAGCCUUUCUUUCAGGACCAAACAGGCUCUGAUAAGGAAAUCAAAGGAGGCUAAACUUGAGCAAGCUCGUGCAAAGGACAAGGUGAUAACUCUUGAAUCCAAGUAUUGGAAAUUAAUGGAAAGAGAGGAUGGUAAGUGCUGA